GAAAAAAGGAGAAAUAAGGUUAAUGUUAACAUAACCCUCGUUAAUUAUUGUUAAUUUUGUUAAAUAUUUAUUAAUUUAUUAUAUUUUAAAUUGUUUAAAAACCAUGCCUGCUUGUUCUACAAAAUGUGGUAAAACGGCAAUACUGAAAAGACCUAAAACUGGGGAUGCCUUGUGUAAAGAAUGUUUUUUUGAAGCGUUUGAAAAUGAAAUUCACUAUACAAUUGAAAGGGCAAAAUUAUUUCGACCUGGUUCAACUGUAGCUAUAGCAGCAUCAGGUGGCAAAGAUUCGACUGUAUUAGCUUACGUAUUAAAAUUAUUAAAUGAAAAAUUUAAUUACCAGCUAAAAUUAGUGCUUUUGUCCAUUGAUGAAGGAAUUACAGGUUACAGAGAUGAUAGUUUGAACACAGUUAAACAAAACAAGGAAGAUUAUGGCAUGGAUUUAAAAAUAUUAUCUUAUAAAGAAUUAUAUGGAUGGACUAUGGAUGAAAUUGUAGCAGAGAUAGGUAGAAAAAAUAAUUGUACUUUCUGUGGUGUAUUUAGGAGGCAAGCAUUAGAUAGAGGAGCAUAUUUAUUAAAAGUAGAUUAUGUAGCUACUGGCCAUAAUGCUGAUGAUAUUGCUGAAACAGUAUUAAUGAAUAUAUUACGUGGGGAUAUAGCUAGAUUGAAUAGAUGCACUUCAAUAAUUACAGAUAGCGGAGAUGGAAUUCCCCGUGUAAAGCCUUUAAAAUAUGCUUUUGAAAAGGAAAUAGUAAUGUAUGCUUACUUUAAAAAACUCAUAUAUUUCACUACGGAAUGUGUAUUUGCACCGAAUGCUUAUAGAGGUCAUGCCAGAGUACUGCUUAAAGAUUUAGAGAAAAUUGAUCCAACUAUUAUCAUGAAUAUAAUUAAAUCAGGUGAGGAUUUAAAGGUUGCUGAAACAACUAAAAUACCAACUCUUACAAGAUGUGUUAGAUGCAAUUAUGUUUCAUCACAAGAUGUUUGUAAGGCUUGUAUACUUCUAGAGGGCUUAAAUAAAGGACUACCACGUUUAGGAAUUGGAAAAUCAAGUAAAGUGAAAAGGCUCUUAAAGGAGAACGAAGAAAAAACAUCCAGUUGUAACAGUAAAAAUUGUUGUAAUGCCAAACCAGAGAAAUCACACUGUCUAUGCAAAACUACUAUACCAAGUAUAAGUUAACAUUUCAAUUAAUAAUAGAUGUAUUAUAUUUUUUACAAUAUAUAUUAUGUAUAUAUAC